AUGAAGAUAGUUUUAGUUUGUUUGCUGGCUGUUGCCCUAGCUGAUGACCCUCUCAGAGAGGUCCUGAAGUCUCCCGACCGGCCCAUCUGUAGGGACGUGUUCGUUAAUUGUGCCGAGUCGAAACGCUACUGCAAAACUGUUGACAUGAUUAAGAAACUUUGUGCUAAAACCUGCAACACCUGCGAGGGAGACGAUGUCGGAGAUAAGCCUAACACCGCCCCCGUAUGUAGCGACGUGGGUUAUCAUUGUGCCGAGUCGAAACGCUACUGCAAGACUAUUUCCAUGAUUAAGAACUGUGCUAGAACGUGCGGCUACUGCUAG